AUGGCGCCGUCGUCGAGACUGCAGGAGUAUCGCAACGUCUUGGAGGUCGAAGGGGGCGCGUCGGUGGCGGAGAUACGGCGAGCGUACAAGCGGAUGGCGCUGAAAUGGCAUCCCGACCGACACCAUACCAACAAGGAGUACGCGAGCAAGCGGUUCGUCGAGGUGACGGUCGCGUAUAAGGCGCUACUGAGGGAAGCGAAGCGACGAGAGGAGCGCCCCACGUCUACUCGGUCUAACAACGCUGAGAAGGAGAACGUCCGCGAGCCAGAUACUCCCAAACCUCGCUGCUCCCCCUCCCUCAAGUCCUGGUUCUUUGGCGGCGAGGCCCGCUCGCAGAACACGAAGCGUCCGCGGAAAGACGACAAUACGACAUCUUCGCAUAGCUCCCCCAACGAAAAGACUACACGUUCUUCCCCUCGCCGUGCACACUUUGAGCCGGAGCCAUCUACCUCGCACUACUCGCAAUCCGUCCCUUCUGGCUCCCAGCGAUCCUACACGCACACCACACCCUCCUAUACGCAUACUGCACAGUCCGGUUCCCAGCGCUCCUAUGCUCACUCUACUACCGACUCGCAUGACUCGAGUGGACGCCCGAGGAAGAGGCUGCGAAAGGAUAGGCCUCCGGCUUCUCGUCAGAACACGUACGAUUCGACCCGAUCUUCUGCCCGAUCCGAAUCGAGCCAUCCUUCUGCGUCGAAGGACUCGCUCCCGUACAACAUCUUAGGCAGCCGCGGCUACGGCACGACGCGGCUGUGGACGUAUCCCGUGUACUUGUCGAUGGAGCAGCUCUUCUACGGGCAGGACCUGCACAUCAAGAUCACGCGUCGCUACCAAUCUGGGCGGAAGAAGCACGUCGUUCUCGACGUCCACAUUCCCCCAGGUUGCCGCAACGGGACGCAGUUCCUUUUCCGCGGUGCUGGGCACGAGCGCGCGGAUGGCAAGCUGCAGGACAUCGUCUUCCUCAUCCAGCAGGAGGCGCACGAGUCGUUCGACCGCGAUGGCGACGAUCUCUUCAUGGAUGUCCAUCUGCCGUGGAUGGAUCGCCUCCAGUACGAGAGGGGCGAGGCGAGGGUGCGGACGAUCGACGGGAAGGAGAUCUCGCUUGGUAUAUACUACUACAAGGAGCGCUUGCUUUCUGGUAUACGCGUCGUCCGCGGCGCAGGGAUGCCUCGCGGGGACGGUAGUCGGGGAGAUUUGGUUGUACAAUGGGAAAUUAGUCCACCGCCUUCCGCGUCCAAAUGGCAGUCGUUCAAGCAUAUGCUGCAUCUGUCCCGCUCGUAA